AUGGCUAACCAUCAGUUGUUCAUGGAGCUCAUGGAGGCGGCACUGGAGGCUCUGGGCAUCGCCUGCCGGCGCGGCUUGCUGCGUGAGCUGGCGGCGGGUUACUCCCAGAUCAUGCUGAACUGUUAUCCGGCGUGCCCGCAGCCUGAGCUCACGCUGGGGCUGCCACCGCACUCCGACUACUGCCUCUUCACGCUCCUGCUGCAGGACCAGGUCGAGGGCCUCCAGGUCAUGCACCAUGGCCGCUGGCUCACCGUCGAUCCAGUCCCAGGGUCCUUCAUUGCCAACGUGGGCGACCACCUUGAGAUAUACAGCAACGGGAGGUACAAGAGCAAGCUCCACCGGGUGCGAGUGAACUCGACGCGCCCACGCAUCUCGGCGGCGUCCUUCCACAGCGUGCCGGCGGAGCGAGUGAUCGGGCCGGCGGCGGAGCUGGUCGACGAGGCAAGCCCGCCAAGAUACAUGGACACCGACUACGCCACCUUCCUCGCCUUCCUCGCAUCCGCCGAGGGCAAGCAAAAGAGCUUCCUCCAGUCUAGGAAGCUAUAGGAAGAUACACUCGACGAAUGAUGCCAGUACAUAAUAGCAUCGCUAAUGC